CUCUCAACCACAACAACUAUGGCUUCCAGUUUGAGACCGCGCAUAGUCUCCUUCUAUGAUCCUGACACUGCAGGCACUGAUAGUCGAGACCGAAAGCUCCAAGACAUCCUCGGGUGGUCAGACCUCGAAUUGGAGCGAAGCCAUGAUUAUAUCCAGUGGUUGUUCCCACUUCCUGAGGGCUCCGUGUUCAAUUACAACGCCCCCAUCAUUGACCAAGAAGUUAUGGAAGCUUUCCGCGGCCAGCAAAAUUUACAGCAGGGACUUCGGUUGAGCUUCAGACGCAUCAUACAAUUCUAUGGUUUCACUAUCUCGGAAGAAGAAGCAGCCCCAGUCAUCACACCUUUACUAGGCAAUCAGAACGACACCACCUCCGCCGCUCAACCAGACUUGUCUACACCCCCUGAGGCUACCAGCUCAUCAUCAUUCCCUUCAGAAUCAAGCGUAUACCGAGUCGUUCGUGGAGACAACUGGGGACUAGCGCAUCGCAAUUGGACUGCCCCAAUGAACCACAAUCAUCUCCGUAUCAGCCGCAUCCUGCGUUCUCUGCGCGUACUCGGCCUUCAACGAGAGUGUACUGCCUUCUACACCGCUCUCAAAGAAGCCUUUGACUAUCCUGAAACCCGCAUUGGCGCGAAGUCGAUGAUGUUCUGGACGCGCGCUACUGAGCUGCCUUUAUGGAUUGCGCCAGAUGGUGAGAAGGUCGCUUGGUUGAAGAAUUGGGAGGAAAAGAACGCAUAG